CAGAAGUGUUUUAUACUGAUGUCAAAAGAGAGAACCAUGGAUGCAACAACUUCAUCCAUCCAUGACUCCUCAGUCCAGAACAUGACAUGUAAUUCAGCUGUAAAAUCAGGAGAAUCUGUCCUCGCUGUGGUCUACAGUCUGCUGUUUCUGGUGGGCAUUAGCCUCAACAGCUUCACCUUGUGGUUUCACUGCCAUGGAGCUCGUGGACGAGCAUCCAAGAGCUGGAUGAUCUACCUGAAACAUCUGACAGCGGCCGACUUUCUGCUCUGCGCCACCCUCCCCCUGCGCAUUAUUUACUACACCAGCAGCUCAUUCAACAUCCACCUGCUCUACUGCAGCGUUGGAGCCCCACUCCUGUUCCUCAAUAUAGCUGCCAGCAUCCUGUUCAUGGGCUACAUAGCAGCUAACAGAUACAUGAAGAUAUUUUAUUCCACGGGAACUCACUUCCUGAUGACUCCCAAAGCCAGCCACAUCAUCUCAAUUACUACCUGGGUUGUUCUCCUGACCAUGGCAAUAGCACCUUACUGCAUCCUGAUGCUGAUCAACGAACAUCAUGAUGAACAUAGAAUGUGUGCCCAUCUGAUCAUUGGACCUGUAAAAACACUGCACACAGUGAUUCAUGCUGUUGCUUGCAUCUUCUUCCUGUUGGUACUCUUUUCUCUGGUUUUCUUCUACUACAGCAUCUCCCGCAGGGUGCACCAGGUCCACCUGGCCUCCUCCAACUCCAAGAAGCUUGUGAGGUCUCGCAGGAACAUGUUGGUGUUGGUCAGUGUGUUCUGCUUUUGUUUUGUUCCUUGUCAUAUUAUUCGACUGCCAUACAUGAAACUUCAAGGACAUUGUUCGGUAGUGUUGUACUACCUCAAAGAGGUGACCGUCUUACUGUCAGCUUCUAACAUCUGUCUGGACCCACUUAUUUAUGUCUUUCAUUGUAAGGAGUUCAGGGCUCAGCUUAACCUGAAUCAAAUAUUUUGCAUGAAACAGAAGAGAAACACCUCCAGUGUGGAGGCAAGUGACAGUGAGGAUCAGCUGAACACGGUCAACACCAUGUCAGAGCUCCAGGGUCAAAGACAGCAAUAA